AUGCCGCUCCAAAAGUCGUCGCUCACAAUAGACCUGCCCAACACGCACAAUGUAAUAGUACUCAAAGAGCCAGCGUUCCUUUCCAGCAGUCGCGUGCCCAACUACAGUUCGCAGGAGGUGUAUGAGCUGCGCGGUACGCUUGAGCUCUUUCUGCCUGCGCGGCGGCGCAUACGAAGCAUACAAGUAAAGCUGCAGAAUGUCGAAGAGGCAGUAGUCCACGGUCGCAUGAGUCGGCGGUUAGUCCUUGACGAGACGCUCGAAGUGAGCGUGGACGAGGAGGGGCUAGAUCGCGGCGUGCAUAUAUACGAGUUCAACCUUCGCAUAGACAGCCGCACGCCCAACUACGACAGACAUCCACGCGGCGGGACGAUGCAAUACCUCGAAGCGACGGUACAGUUUCACGAGCUGUUUUCGCGCGCCCUCACACGGCGGAUCCCACUCAUAUUCGUCUCACACCCGAAUGGGGAGGGCUUCAUACCACUCGAUCACGUUCACCGUGACUACGUUGAUGAUCUGGGACCACUAGAGGUCAGCUUCAAGACGCAGCAUCUCACCAUUGCUGGGUAUAUAAUGGUCGAGAUGUAUCUGCCUAGUCCAGCGCCCGCGCUCGAGAUUAAAGGGCUGAGUGUGACCCUGGAGCAGCACACGAGCAUUCAUGAUAACGGUCACCUCGUUGAGACGUUGCCUGUCGAUACACACACGUUGCUGGAAAAGGGCGGGCGGGAGGACUGCUUAAUGCGCGCACCCAACCACAGCGCUGCUAUUAGAUGCUUCUACUACGUCAAACUCCCCACAGACGAUUACUGCAGACCAUCUACACUUGAAUGGUCGAUGGCCCGGCUGCGCCAUCAACAUUUCAUUAAAUUCGAUUUGCUCUACAAGAAGGAAAAGCUGCGGUGCGCGAGUGUUAACGUACCAGUCAUCUUACCACAGUGCCUUCUCUCGGUCGACAGUGUCACCCUGCCCACUUAUAGCGACGCCGGCUAUCCAGUCCCUUCAAAACGCCUCUGGGAUCAGCCCCUGCCCCAAUACUACAACAACUGCAGCUGUGGUAAAGACUCACUUACCCUCAAAGCAGACGCCGAGGGAGUGCAGAAUCUUGAUAAAUUCACCCCAAAGAAACAGGGCAUCUGGCUCACCGAUCUGAGACACAAAGAGGAAAGCAUAUCGUCGAGAGAUUCGUAUGAGGAGAUACGCGCAGCGAAGCGUGUGAAUGAGUAUGUAGUGGAGUAA